AUGGAUAUGGAGAUUGGAAUCGGGUUUUAUACACAAUCAGCUAGCCUAAAUAAAAUGCCAGGCUGGGAAGAUAGCUCAUGGGGUUAUCAUGGUGAUGGAAAAGAUUUUUUUAAUUCCGCUGGCGAGCCAUAUGGAUCAAAAUUUAUGACUGGUGAUACUAUUGGAUGCUAUGUGAAUUUUAGAAAUAAUAUGUUACUUUAUACCAGAAACGGUGUAAAUCUAG